AUGGGAUCUACAGGUUCAACCUUACUGGUAACAUUUGACAACAACUCUUUCAAUUCUAGAUAUUUAAAUAUUUUGAAAUCAUCUGCAAAAUUUUGUGAAACCAAAACUAAAAACAUUUUUUAGCAUACAUACUUUUUAAAUAUUAAGCUGUGUGUACUGAAGGAAGAUUACUUUAAUUAUUUCACUUGAAUAAAUGUUUGGCACAUUUUGAAGAAUCAAAAUAACUUGCCUUUCAGAAAAGCAUAAAGCCUUUCACUUAAUCUCCAGAGUAUUACUGCUGUAUGUAUCAUUUUCUCUACAAUGAGUGAUUCAUCUUUAAUAGUUCCAAACCUUAGUAUCUAGAUAUUAUGUUUUUACAUCCUUUUUUAAUUCUCCCAGGCCAUGGUGUCUUCAUCUUGAAAGGACUGGGCACUAGCUUUUAAGAUCAAAGACAGCAUAUGAUGUUUACAUGAUAUACUAUACUGCAGUCCUUAGAUAAAUAGAAAAAGUGAAGAAUGAGCCGUUUUUUGUUGAUUUAGAUAAUGAUUGGUGCUAUUCAUGGGGACAUCAAGCCUCAGGUUUGUUGAUUUAGAUUUACUGAGUGCUUAAAUGCAUUAAAGUACAGUGAAACGUGUUAUUUUCAGUGUUUACCUAGACAGAACCUUCCACAUUUGAUCUUCAACAUUGUUGUAAACUUCUUUUUUUUUCCCAAACAUCUAAAUGUCGAUUUGCUCCAUUCUCUAUGAUAAAUUUAUUAUAGUUUCUUCCCUGAGAAUUUGAUGUUAAAUUAAAAAAUAUUUCCUGGUUGAAAUUAACCUUCUUGCCAUGAACUUUCUGCUUGAAGUUGUCAUCAUAUUUUAAUGAGAUAUUUCUUUUAGUCAUACCUGUGGGGUGAAAGUUUUAAGUAAAACUGUGUUUAGCUUUAUCCAACUUGAAGUUCUAAGUUUCACAAUUUUUUAAGAGGAAGACUAAACAGAGGAUUAACAGCUCUCAAAAUUUGUUAUAAUGGUCUGAUUUUUCAGGAGGUGAUAAACUCUGCUUGCCGCCGACUAUUGAAAAGGAAAAGACCAAGCUCAGGAAAAUGGUAAGAUGAUAAUCUUUAAUUUAAAAACUAGUUUUACCCUGUCUUUGAUUGAGUAAGUAAGUAAGUAAGUAAAAACCUUUAUUUCAGUGGCAUGUGGAUAAAGCCUAGUGGCUUGUGGGGUCGUAGAAUGAUGAGUAACUCAAUCCUAUAUUUAUUAUAAAGAGAUAAGUUCCUAGAGAAACUGUGGUGGAACAUUGGUGGGAGAUUAUAACAGGAUAAUUUGAUAUUAUCAACUGAGUUGAUAACAUAAAUUGGCCAUCGUAAAGAGUUUCGAAGCCGAUGUUUGGCACUUUAGAGUUAAACAAUGAUGUUUGGUAUAUAGCAGAGCAGUGAAUAUGAGUAAGCAUAUGCAACCAUCUGUGCCAUUUUUUUGGCUUUAUCAGUUAGUUGGACUUUUUGUUUGGACAUGUGACCAUGUUUUGUUUAUUAUUUGCUAGAAUGGUUUAAGAUCUUACCCAAAGUUUUCUUUCCUUCUGGUGUUUGGCAAAGAAGCUUUGUUCCGUUUUUUACUGAAUUGCUCAGCCAUCAGAGUCUACAAGUCAGGAAGGGUUUUUGACUUUUUUUUUAACUGUCAAAAACUGUGUAAAGUCAGCCAGCUUAACACCCAAGCACCAACUGGGGGCAUAAAGUAAAGACUGAAAUAAUUUACAAUCAGGCAAUUGAGCAGAAAUCAGGGCUACAAUUUUCAGCCAAUUUACAAUCUUUGGUAUUUAGGCAUCUGGGCAUCCACUGAAUCUGUAACAAAAAUCUACAGUUGGUUGAUUGGAUGUGUUGCCAUUGUAGCAGGAGAGGUUAAACUGAUGUAUUCAAGGUUCUUAGGUGACUUUCAGCUGUGAUACUUAUAAGUGAAAGAUCCUAGGGUGUUAGGGAAAUGAUUUAUUUUGGAAAAUGUUCUCUUGCUUUUUAGGCAGUCUUUAGAGGAACGUCUUCUGGAUUGUUACAUAGAAUCAUGUGAAGGGGCCCCAAAAGACAAGGUUAGAGAUGCAGUGCUGAUACAAUUGUUGUCAUAACUUUUGAAAAUAUCUUCCUUUCCUUGUUUUUAAUGACUGCAAGAAAGAAGGGAGAAGGAUGUUUCAAGAAAAUUUUGUCCUUUACACCCUAAUAUCAGUAUGCAUAUUCUCCAUACUGUUCCCAAUACAUUUCCUGAGGCACUGAAGAGGAGAAUUUGUUUAAGAAUCUAAAGCUUCUCUAGUUGGUGACCAUUUCCUUUAUUCUCAUGACCAUGAUGUGUGACUUAAUGUUGAUGUGGUAAGGAAAAAUUAGAUGCUAGUCACUCUUAGAUGUGAAAGGGUUAAUUAAGGGUCAUCAUCUUCACAACUGCAGAAACAUUUCCUCCUAUUCCCCCCCCCUGUGAGUGUUCAUAAUGGGAAUAUUGGACAGCUUGAAAAUAAUAUCAUUGAGAAAGGGGGAGGGGGGGAGGUUGCUUUAAAAAAAUGUGAUGGGGGCUGUAGGUGGAGGGGUUGUGUAGAAAAGGUUUCCAAGUGACUUCUGAUUGACUACCAGAUUCUUCCAGCGAAAUAUCUUCUUUUCUGGUGUGAAACACAGUGAGAAGAAGAUAUUGCAUCAAAAGUAAUUUGUGUCUUGUCCUGUGCUCUCUCUUGAUUAUUUCGGUUGCCAUGAUAAGAAGGAAGAUGUUAGUAAAGAAAGAUUUUUGUCAUCUUGUCACGAGCGUGGGACAAAGAAAAAAAUUCCCUGAGGAAUCAAAGUCAAAGUCCCCAUGAGGAAUCGAACCUCAGACCUUCAGAUUCCGAGCUCUGAUGCUCUACCACUGAGCCACAGAGACUCCAUGGUGAGUGAGGUCUAUCACAAAGUUCAUAUGACAUGCGUCCAGCAUACUGCUAGGAUCAGCAUUGUCGAUAGCGUAAUGUUUGUAGAUAGAAAUAAGAGAGACGGUAAGUUUUGAGCUCAGUAAGGAAAAAAAGAAAGAUGUUUUUCGUCUUGACACAAGUGUGGGACAAAUGAAAAAAAAAAAGAAAAAAUUCUGAGUCCCCAUGAGGAAUCGAACCUCAGACCUUUGGAUUCUGUGCUCCAAUGCUCUACACCAAGCCACAGAGACUCCACGGUGAGCAAGGUCUAUUACAAAGUUCGUAUGACACGCGUCCAGCAUACUACUAGGAUCAGCAAUGUCAAUAGCAUUAUGUUUAUAGAUAGAAAUAAGAGAGAUGGUAAGUUUUGAGCUCGGUAAGGAAAUAAAGAAAGAUGUUUUUCGUCUUGUCACAAGCAUGGGACCAAGGGAAAAAAAAAAUGAAAAAAUUCUGAGUCCCCAUGGGGAAUCCAACCUCAGACCUUUGGAUUCUGCGCUCUGAUGCUCUACCGCUGAGCCACAGAGACUCCAUGGCGAGCGAGGUCUGUUACGAAGUAGACUCAACUCUCGGCGAAAGUCGCCGAAUUGUCAACCUGUGUUGGGCGGUCAUGCAUCACAGUAUAAUGUUUUUGUUCUUUAAUUUCUAUGAUCUUAAGUUAAAGUGAGAUAAACAAUGACAUAAUAUAUUAUAAGAAAGGGGCUAAAUUGGCAACCCAGGUUGGGGGGUCAGGUACCAAUCUGUUAAUGUUUAUGCUCUUGAAUCUUGAUUAUCUUAAGUGAAAGUAAGUUCAACAAUGGAAUAUUAUAUUAGUAGUGCUACUCUGCAGCCUCUUCCUCCUCUUUUGUCUUGAGAUUUUUUCGCGAACCUUCAAGACAAUUCCCAGCCAUAUUACCGCCAUAUUGCUUGUUACAAAGACAAGUGUUGUGCUUGGCAGUUAACUAACUCCUAAUAUUGCACAAAGGUUCCAUUUCUGGUGACCAUUUUCUGCUUUUUGGUAAUCAGAUGGUGGCUUUGAAAAACCCUUAACCUGGAGCUCGGUGUAUGAGUUUAUGAUCAUGCUAAUUCUUGUGCAACCCUAAGGAUUUCCAGCCAAGAUGAAAAUUUAGUCAACAUUUUUGUCGAACAAUUGCCAUAAAAGUGGAAUACAAAGGGCAGAAGGGUUUCCUUGAACAGGAUGAACUCUCGUCAAUAUAUUCCUUACCAAAAAUACCUCAGUUUACAAAAACUGAGCUGCAAUACCUACUAGAGGAGUUAAAAACCUUUUCCUGAAAACCUGGCUGUUAUGUUUAAGGUAUCAAAGUAGAGGGUAUCAAGGCAUCAGAGGGUAUCAGGCCUUUCAAAGUCUGAAGUCAUGGAAUGGUCGUCGAAAAAAAUUUCAUUGAUCAGAGGUUAUAAAUGGGCAAUAUAACACCAUGCACUAUACUGCUAACCACACUGCUUGUCUUUGGAGACAGCAACUUUGUGAAAGGGGAAAUUUCAUGUAAAAGAAAAUGUCAGAAUAUCAGUGGUGAUUAUGAAUGUAAAUGUUAAUCUCCCUUUUAAGACCCCAAUCACUAGGUAAUUUAGGUGCUCAAAAUGGCUACUUUUGCAACAAUUUUAUUGAUGAUAAUUUUUUAAACUUGCCAUGUGAACCAAAUGAAAAUUGCCACAGUGAAUAAAAGGGGUGAAUUUCUAAGAAACUGUGAGGCUGCAUCAGCGGGGAAGUAUAACAAAUCAAGUUGGUUUUAUCAACUGAGUCAAUGUUGUAAAUUAGCAGCAAAAUAGAGUCUCUAAGGCUGACAUUUUUUUAGUGCAAUUAGCCCAUGAUGAGAGAAAUUAGAUAUUUGCCCUGACAAGGGCUAAUGCUAGGCUUUAGAAGCUCUUUACUCUUACUGAUAUGCAUUAUCAACUCAGUUAUAAAACCAAACUCUCAAAAUGGCCACAUGAUGGAGUGUGGAAAUAACACAGGCUGUCAACAGCUGAUGAGACAAAUGGGACAUGCACCUAUGCAUUUAAGGCUGUAGGAUAUUUCUUAUGGUAGUGUUUGUAUUUGAUAUGUCACUGGAAUAGGAACAUAGCUGAGUGGUAUCUUAAAGAGAUGUAUUUGCAAUUUGUCUUCGACCCAACCGAAUACUACAAAUUAUAUCUUGUUAUGGGCCUCUUGUUGUUGUUGCAGUGGAUACUGCAUGAGGUCGCAAUAGUUAAGCAGUCCUUGUUGACUGAUUUGCUAUGUUGUUGUUGUUUGAACACUUCACUAGUAUCUGGCAGCUUGGAGUUACAAAGGUCAGGAGAAAAAAUAUAGAGAAUGCUAUAGAAUAACAGUAUGUUUACCAUGAAUGGCAUCUCACAAGAUUAGUCUUUUGUGUAUGCAUUAGAGCCUUUUUUGCAAGAUUGUGAAAAUAUUUGCAUCUGUGUUAAGUGGGAGGUGUUUUCUUUCUUUUUUUUGCUUUUUUUUUGUUUGUUUGUUCAGACUCUAUAAGGCAUAGUGUAAAAACCUGCAAUCAGUGCCCUAAUCUAAACAUUUUUUGGAAAGUUCCAUUUCCAAACUGAAAAUCAGUAAGUAGUUGUCAGAAAAAAAUUUUUGUUGCCAGAAAAGACGCAUUUUAUGCAAUAUUGCACUCGAUUUUUCCCGCCAAAUAUUUAUCGCACUUCAGAACAUGAGCACUAAUGGAAGGUUACAGAAUGGUAAACAACCACCCAACACUUAUCGCCGAAUCUGCGACUUUUACUACACCAAAAUGUUAUUAGUUACCAUGGCAACCAAAAGGCGGCAGCCUGAAGGGGGGCUUCUAUUUGUUGCAGAGUGGAUCCUUCUGGAUGUACAUGCACAUGUUGUGUUUGGUAGUGGAUAGCAGUGAUUGGAGAAAAUGAGAGGAGGUCACACACUCUCUGUUUUGAUAGUUGCUUUGUCCCUCUUGGAUGUAAAAUUUACAUCAAAAAUAUAGUUGCUCAGACAGUGAUCUUUAUCAGACAAGAGACCUGCUAGAGUAAAGUUUUUUUUGGGGGGACAACUGAAGUGUUAAUGGCAUUUUAGAAACUGUUGUAUAGAUUCCCAUUUCAUGUUUGAUUGUUGGCAAAAUAUGGGGUCACACUUUGUGAUAUUGGCCUGGAAAUUGGAUGUUGGUUGUGUGUUUGUGGAGCAAGGAUAGCUAAGAUUCUUUAAUUGGGCUGAACUGUAGAUGGAAGAAGUGACCCCCUAGUUAGGGUGAGCUUGCCCAAUAAAAUUUCCCACUUUGUUUUUGCGGUGAGAGAAAAUUUGUCUGUGAAAUUUGGCACUUCUAUUGUCUAGCUUUUUAACAGGCUGAUAUAAAUGCAUUCUUGCAGCGUAUAUGGAGUUAAUUUUGUGAAAAAAAUGCACGUCAACAUCUCUUUUCAGACCACUUUGUCAUUUAAAAUAUGUUAACCCUAUAACUCCUAUGAGUGACUAAGACAGAAUUUCUCCUUACUGUAUCAGUACAGCAUCAAGCAAACAAGUGAUGAGAAUAGAGAAAAAUAUAAAAUAGGGAAUUAUUAGUUGAUCCAAUACUAAAUUCUCAAAACUAACAUGAUGGGAAUUGUAUGGUAGAUAGUAAGGAGAAUUGGUAAUAAGAUUUUAAGAGUGAAAGGGUUAAUACCUUUUAAAAGGAUAGGUUUAUUUUGAUUUUGAAUAGUGGAAGGUGAUCCAAACAUCUUAUGAUUGGAAUGAUUUGUUUUAUAUCCACUCCAACUUUGGUUUUUCAUUUCCCAUGCUAUUAGCGUUUUUGUCAUGGAGUACGGCUGUUGGAGAAAGUUGUUCUUCAAGACAAUCUUUCAACCCUUGUUGUAAACCUGUACCCCAGGAAUGAAGGCUACUCUUUAAUGCUUAAAGGCAAGAAUGGUGCUGGUAAGUGCAUAUUAAAUAUUAUGGUUAUUAUGGACCCAUAGUCUGUACUCCAACCAAAUGUCCUACCCAUCCCGCCUGUGCUUAUUCUGCCACUUCUGCUGGCCUGGAUUUGAUAUCAGUCCUUUGCAGGUUACCUUUGGGCAUUUGUCAGCUUUCCCAGACAGUUUUCCUGUGUUCACUUAUGAGAUACAUGUCGCUGUUAGUGGAAGAAGGCAAUUGAUAAUAUUUUUGGCAUGUGAAAGUAAUCUAAUCAAGUCUGUAUUUCUCUUGAUUUCCUCAGAUUCAGAAACUGUGAAGCUGCCUUACGAAGUUAGUUGAGUUCAUUAUGAAUGAGAUUUCAAUUAUUUAGUUCCUCUUUUUAUGUUUAAGAUUGUCCUCAAUUUUUUUUCUUUUUAACAACAGGAGUCUGAAUUCUUGGAUUACCUUGAUGCCCAAGAGGUAUAGGAGAUUACUAUCUUGUUUAUUGCACCUCUCAAUUGCCUUGACUUAAGGGCUGGUAACUUUUUUCCUCCUCCCUAAUCACCUCUACAACUUCCCCCUCACACCCCUUCUUGGACACGCCCUUCACCCCUCCUUUCUUGCAUGCAUAAUCUUGGUCAAGCUAAGGAAGAGCCAAGUCUAACUGCUUCCAGAUUUAAAGAAUGAAGUUUUGCCUUUCAGUUUUCAUGCUGGUGAAUUUUUCAGAAUCUUUAUAAACCACAGACAGCUUAAUGUCUGAAAAUUAAGAUUGUCUAAUGCUUUCUAAUUAUAGUUUUUUUUAAAGAUGAAAUAUUAGCAGUUUAUAUGCUCAAUAAAGCAGCUUAGUCAAAUAUUCUGAUGAGGUCUUUGUUUGGUGUUGUUUUAGCUUCCUCCAGUCCUGAUUGAUCUGUUAGAAAAAUCUCAGGUAUGGUUGCACUGAAUCCAGUAUUAAAACAGCCAUAAUAGUUAGGUCUAAAUUACAACAGAGUUUGAAAUUUGAAGGAUGAGAUUCUUUUUCUCAGCUCAUACAAAAAGAAAAGUGUGAAAUGGUACAAGUAAACCCAGAGAUGUCAUGAAAUUUCAGUGAGAGAGAAAAAUUAGUUUUGCACAAGAGAUAACAGUCUGGAUUGAGAAAAAGUCAUUCUUAUGUAAAAAAACUUCUCUCUACUCUUUCAGGCAAAUAUUUUUUAUAGUGGUUGUGUCAUAGUUGAAGUGCGAGACUACCGCCACAGUCCCACAGGCAACUCAUAUGACAGCAACUAUGUCUUACUUCGUCCAACUUACCAGGUACACAAAAAUACUUUGUUUUUUGUUUCAAAGGCAAAAACUGCUGAUUUUUUCUCCAGCCUUCUGGUAGCUUUGGUGAACCAAAAGCAAGUAUAGAGCAAAUUCAGAGUUUCUGACUACCAAAGACUGCAAGUCUAAGUCAGAGAUUUUUUCAGUGUGAGUUAGCUUUCUUUCCAAGGGAAAAUCAAAGAGGAAAGGACUGAACCCUUAAACUCCCAAGAUCUGAUUGUUAAUUCUCCCUUCUUAAUGCUAUAGUUUUCCUUGUAAAUUAGUUACAAGAAUUUGAUGAUAAAUCAAGGUAACAACUUCUUCCUGAUAAGUUUGAGUAUUCUCAUUACCUGCUUGCUGGAUAAUGUAUGGAUUUGAUAGGGAGAAGGUACAUUUUAAUCAUUUCUGAGAGUUAAAGAGUUAAAGAAGCAUACAAAGCAUUUUCUGUUCCUCAGUGUCACUGAUUUUUGCAAUGGUCAUUGAGUGCUACUUGGUCGUUAUUUAAGAAUUAAAAAAUAUAGAAGGACAAAGAGAGAACACGUCAUGAAUGACUCCACAACCCUUCAAGAUAGCCCUAACAGCAGUAACCUUUAUCUCUUCCUCAUACAGACACUUGUUUGUGACAUAAAUGCUAUGACUCGCGAGUCACCUAACUGGACCGAAGAGAGUAAGUUAGUAUUGGAAUCCCAGUUGCUGUUAGCAACAGAAGGCCCUUUGUGUCUUGACCCUUCAAUAGAAGUUGCACAGGUUGCAAAUCAACUCCAGUUCAACAGGAACAAGUUCCAUACAUGUGGCAUCAGAAGGUAUGUGUAAGAAACCCCCUCAACUGAUUUCAAACAAUUAUAAAUGGGUGUUUACAUUUUAACCCUAUUAUAGAGAAGAACUACUAAUAAGUGAUUUCUGCAAUCACCAUCAACACAUGGUAAAGCAGAAAAGCAAUAGGAAGCUUAAGAAAGAAAAACUUCAAAUAGGGGAUUUACCUGUCUGAUCACAGUUGUGACGGGCUUCAACAGGUUUCCAAUCCAUGCUCAUGGGUGGCUUUGUAGCUCAUUUGGUAGUAACACCUACUAGAAGACACAGGUGGGAUUCUCAUCAAAGCCUGGAUUUUUUCCAACCUCUUUACUGCAGUUGCUUGGCAGUCCACCUGUGGGGAUCAUUUCUCUGCUUGAAACUGUUCUAGUUGUCUGUAAUUACAACUUUGUGGGAAAAUAGCCUCUAACAACUGUGGACACCCAAAACAAAUAAACAUGAUAAAUACUCACCUUUGUUAUCACCAGAAUGUAGGAUUCCAAGCUCAACUUUCACCAAUCAAGUUAUCAUUGAGCAACAUAAAAUUUUCAAGAGAUCACCACAAUUGAAAGUUAAGUCACUAAAAGCAAAGAUCGGGGUGGCAUAUGUUUAUUAGAGGAUUUGGCAAUAGGUCAAGGUUUUAAGGGCAGAUGAGCUGGCCACAUGACUACCCAAAACAAAUUGAUGACUUCUGCUGCAAUGUAGCAGGCAAAACAAAACAAACCUGACCCUUGCUUGAUAUAUUUCAGGAGCAUAAGAAGACACUCCCAAGCAUUCUAUAACAGAGCAGGACUGGUGUCCCUGUGUAAUGCUCCCUCUUACCUGAAAGUUCUCGAUUUCCUGUCACACUACAAGAAGCCACAGCCACCUGUCAAUCUUCGUCUUGCAAAGACACCCCAGACAACAGACACAUGGAGACAAAAGCCAAUUCACCUCUCACCACCUGCAAGGGUUGAUGUAAGUGGGAAAUGUUGUCAUUCAAUAAGUGGCCGAAGUACUGACCAAACCAAGAAGUCAUCCGAGGAACAGUGAUCCUCAUAGCUAUUAAGUACCUCAUCCAACAAGUGUGUACUUAUAUUUUCACCCUGAUGCAACUCUUACAUUUGUAGAAAUGAUUUGCUAAAAUUGUCCACAAAUUGCAAGCAUUCAUGCGACUGAAGCACAACAUUUACUACCAGUGCUUCUACUAUGGCUGAAUGGGGCACUUUGAAUUUAGAUUUGUUUUUACAUGUAGAGCAAAGUAAUCACAACAGGCAAUCAUAACAAAUAUUAACUGCUCUGCUGGCUAACUAGUUAUUGAGGAUUCAAAGUUGAAAUAGGCAAAUUACCAAAAUUGCUGAAAAUGGCAGGCAACCAAGUCACAAUUGGUUUUUGUUUGUAGUCUAAUUAGUUUAGAGCAUGACGCAAGUUUUCUAGACCAAUUACAGACCAAAGUGAAGCAAAACUAAAAGGAGUCCUGGAUUACUUUUGAUCACUGUAUUUGGUGGAUGUGCCACACCUUACAACUUAAAUAUUUUUCGUAGGUUGACUUGUUUUCCAAAAUAAUUGAACGUCCAAAGCUGACAGCUGAUAACACACCAGAAAAGGUUCAGGAAGUCACACUAGAAGGAGAAAAAACCAAUAACAGGAAUUACUUCUGCCGUGUGACUAUUCGACGGAGACCAACAGACUUGCAAUACUUAGGUGAACUAUACCUGGAAGAAGACACAAGCAAUACACAAGGGGCUCCUGCUGUUCCAAACACAAACACUUCAGCAUCCAACAAGGCAGGAAAGGCCUGUCACUUUUUUCUUGGAAGUAAACUUGGAGCUCAAAAGUGAGUGGUUAAUGUGGGUCUGUUAUGUAAUCUCUUUAUUUCAAUGAGUGCUGAUGAUAUUGUAACAUGAGCAAGAAAUGACUCAAUCAAAGAAGACAUGGUUUCCUAGUGGGUAGCAGUUGCAUACUUGACUUCAGAUUAAGCAAGUUAAUUGGGUUUUAUCAGCUGAUUUGAUGAUGUACAUUAGCCACUGGAGAGAGUUCCUUAAGUUGACAUUUCAGGCCUUAGCCCUUUGUCAGAGUAAGUUGAGGAAAUGCAGGAAAUACAGGAGGUUGAAGCUAUGGAAUAGGUGGGAACAUAGUGAGGUGAAAAACACAACAAGGAAUUGGUUUAAUGAAAAGUGUUCACUAGUACUUUAGGUACAUUAGUGCUGAUUUGAAAGAUAAAUUUUUGCUCUAGAGUUUUUGCAGCUUUCCAAACUGCACAGAUGUAGUGAAAACUUACAGACCACCAUAUGAGUAGUGGUGUUUGAAACUUGGCUCACCCUUUGUAUUGUGUUCUUGGGCAAGAAGCUUAACUCUUAUGGUGCAUCUCUGCAUGAGGAUUUUAAAUGGGUUACCAAUAAAGGGUUGAAAGCUAGUAUUGUAUUUGUGGAUUACCUUUAAAUGUACUGGCAUCCCUUACAAGGAAAGAAUGGUUACUUGUUCAUGGUUUGUUUUUGUAUUCUCUUUGCCAGUUUGCUGUAUUAUGUAUUGACAUUGUGAGGAGAAUUUGAUUGUUAAUCACCUUGUUGACUUAAAGAGAGAUGUAAGUUACCAUAUGGUAACUGAACCUGGAUAUGCUAGAGAUUUUACUUUAACUUAUCACUCAGGUAUCUUCAGCAGUUCCAAGACUUGUACACUGAGGAGGGGCGCAAGUCUGUGAAGAUUUGUACCUACAUUCCUGGCCAACACCAGGUGGCACAAGCUGCAGCAGCUGCUGCCAGUCAACAGGCAUCACAUGCACAUAAUCCCAAUCAGACAUCAACAGCCACUGUUGUUCCUGUUUCUGGAAAUCCAAAUAUACAAGACCAGACACAGGGCAAGGUGGCAAUACCUCUACCCACAGCCACAAACACUGUGACUGUAAUUCAGAGUAAUAAUUUGGGAAUAGGGUCACACACCACGUUACCUGGUAACUCUGCAGUGUCUCAAGUACCUGUUGUACAAAGUCUUUCUAAUGUCCGCACUUAUGGACAGAAGCUAGCAAUGUUUCAGCAGCAAGGAACAGUAGUUGGCACAGUUCCAAGUGGGACUGGUGUGCCCCUUAGUGGAACAACUAAGAUUGCUACAGCAGGUAUUUAUUAAGUUGUAUGCCCAACAUUUGCUUUUUGGAUGCAAGGGGGCUACUUUCAGAUGAAAACAGGGUGUUAUGGCAUAUUAUGAUCAUAUUCGGGCCUGCUGAGGACAAACGAGCAAAGAAAUGAUCUUUGUAGGUGAUCUGCAACUGGAGAAAUUGCAGAGAAGAAGUGUGAAAAAAAUCAGGGUUUGUGUUUAAGCCUGGAUUUUCCAGGUUUCUUUUACGCAAUUUCUCUUAUUGCAGCCCACCUUUAACAAUCAUUUCUUUACCCAUUACAGUCUGUUGACUUGUUUUAUCUGGAUUACAGUUACUGAUUGGAAUUUAUACAUUUAAGGCACAGUCACACGGUACAUUUCGACAGCACAGCCAGGAACAACACUUCAAGUCUCAAGUGUAAAACCUGUUCCUGUUUCCUCCAUUGUCAAAUCCGUUCCAACAACUGGGAGAAGAAUUUCUCAUCCAGACACUGGUACCUCACUACAGUCACCAACCACACCUAGUGGGGGGUACACUGGAGUUGUGGGAGCCUACAUGCAGGUGACUUUAUGAUAUGAAAAAACAUCUUAACUUAAGACAAGUGGCCCAUGCUGUGGCAACCUGUCCUGGUUUGUGUCGUGAUAUGCAUCCAGGUCUACUGCUUCGUCCACUGAGCAGAUUGCUAUUUCAUCGCACAUCACCCUUCAGCAUUUUGCAAAGCUCCCCUGACAGUUCAUUGGUUUCCAUUUAUGCUCUUAGGUGAAGAGAAAGUAUCAGGUCAUAUCACCUAAGAGUCGUUUUGCUAAUGACCACUUCAACCAGUUGAUCCUGGUUCGUUUGUGGUCAAUCAUACCCAUGGGUUUAUGGUACAACAUUUUAUUUGUUGCUAGUUUGAAGAAAACAAAAGUAGAAAGAGACGUCAGUGAAAUUACAUAAAGGGUUAGCAGAACAACCUAUGACAUGGUAGAAAAAUGACCUGAGAUGUUAAGGAAACAACUUAAGAUGUUAGUGCGCUGGUUGUAAGCAAAAUAAUUGGUCAGCAAAACGACCUCCAUACAAAGAAUUGUCAUCUGAUGAAGAGUCUAGAUUCCAAGCUCUGUUAGUUAAGGUGUAAAUUUAUCAAAUGCAAUGUUUGGCUGUAAAACAGUUUUAUUUGAUCCAAUUAGCCAGUUGUUGGUCCUGGAGGAAUGAGUGUCACUGUCCCAGCUGGAGCAACUGUUACAGUAGCAGGUGCCACGCCCAUUGUUCCAGUUUCCAAAAGUGUAGCCAUAGCAUCAGGUCCUUUACCAACACAGUUCAUCGCGACAGGCUUGAAAUCAGCCAAUCAGACCUUACAACCUGCACCAGGGACAUCUCUCACCCUACUACAGGUAAUGCCAAGUAGGUUAAGUCAGCACUGAAGCUAAGUAAGCCAUUUCUGAGAUGUGGAAAACCUCUGCCUUUUAACUCAUUUGACAUCAUUCUUCUUUUAACAGGGCACCACAAACAUCCAAACACAACAAGCUCAGAUAGUCCAUCAGACAAGAUCUCCAUCUACAACUUUUACAGUAUGUAGUUUGAUCACAAAUUUAAGAUCAGAACUUCUGUUCAUUGGAUCUAUAGUUUUGUCAAUUAACCUCUAAAAUUCUGCAUAGCACUUUCCCCCUGACUAGAGUAGAAAAGCAAUAUUCAAUAUUCACAACUUCUAAAAGUAUUCCUUCUCUUCCUCAGAUUCCUGGUAACUUGGUUCCAAUAACCCACAUUCAGUCUGUAACUGGAGCAACCAUCAAUGCUCAGAUACAGGCGAAAACAUCUCCUCAGGGUACCCCUGCUGGCCAACCACAGCCUAUUCUACCAAACACACCUCUCUCCCCUCCCUCAGGGAUGGCUACAGUUACUCUGAAUACAAGACCCAUUCGUCCACAACAACAACAGCAAAGGAAGAUCAAUGCAGGUAUUUUUUUAAAAUUAGCUUCAUGUAAUUGAGCAAUCGAUCCUUGAAAGGGACAGCUUUAGUUUUGCCUUACUUCAGUGUGUAAUUGGUUUAGAGACCAGUUUGUUAUCCACUGUAUAUUGUUUCUUAAUCAUGGCUUCAAGGAACUGAACAUAACCAUCAAUUUCCCUAUAGGAGCUGGAACAUCACCAACAGCCAUAGCUGCGCUAACAUCCACCGUCAACCGAACCACUACAAACCUGCAACCUUUGGUACCAAUUGGAACACAACUUCAGCAGCAGCCAUUUCAGGUACGAAUGGUGCAGUUCCCACAGCAAGGUGGCCCCACCCAGAUACAGCCCACCAUUGUGCAGUCACCAAGAGGAGCAACCCCUGUCCAAAUAAACACACAGCAAGCUCAAGUAGUGCAAGGUUUACAACAGGUAGGUAUCAUUUGCACUUGUGUUGAACAUAUGAAGAACAACAACAAAAUCAGUCCCUGAAAGAAUUGACCGAGAGAAAAAAAAUGCAUUGUACUGUAGUCCUUAGUUUGUCAUGACUCUCCCCCUCCAUCUUUUUCUAUCUUUCUCGUUCCCUUCUCUUAUGAGCUCUCCUCUUAAAAAGUACCCCUCUCUAAUUGGUUCCCUUUUCAAAUAAGCCCCCCUCUUAAGCACCAGCUCUGAUAGUUCUCCCUCUCUGGUAUGCUCUCCUUCAAAAGUUCCUUUCACUAACGAGUCCUACUCUCUAUUGAACCUCUUCUCUAAUAAAUCCCCUCAGAAGUACAUCUCCUUCUCCAAAAAGUUCCCAUUUAUAAUGAGUCUCCUUCUCCAAGAACAAGCUUCUAAUACUUCCCCUUUUCUUAUAAUUCCCCUCUCCAAUAAGUUCCCAUUCAGGAGUGUCUUGCUUUAAUAAGCCUCCCACUCUAUUACAUCCUCCUUUCUAAGAAACCCUCCACUCUUGUAGUUCUCUUCUUUACUAUGCUUCCCCUUUCCACGUUGCAGUCAGGAAGUGCAGGAAAUUAAAUUAUUCAAUCAUUUGCAGUAUUUCUAAUUAUAACUCAUCUUUUCCUUUUCCAAGAUUCAAGGAAAACCAGUCACAACAGUCAAAGUAACUCAACAAACACAAGGAGCACAAACAACAGCCAGAACACCUGGAAGAUCCCCAGCACAGCGACGAAGGUCGCAAAAUAAGUAACUUGUGCAACAGUAUUUAUCAUGAUUUAAAUUGUAUAAUUAAGACUUUUUACAAGCUUGUAUAAAGACACUUUGGAAAUUGCUCUUCAUUGGUAUCUGUAGUUAGUUUUUAUUGUCAAAAUAUAGUAUAAUAUAUUUGUGUCAGCAAGAUUCAAUAAUUGAUGUAGCCUGGCUGAGAUGUAUAUGUUAAUAUUAAAUUGAAAUAGAG